AGGCGCAGAGCGCAGCUCCAGCUGGUGGACGGCUGAAAGGCACUAGGGCAGCCGACCGACACUUCUUACCGGAGAGCCGCGGCUGUGUGACACUGGAACCCGUGAAAACAGCUCUAACCAGCAGCCAGGCUGUUAGCACCUGCAAGGCCUCUGGGAGGAAAACACCCGCUGUUUAAACGGCGAAGACAGAGACAAGCGCUGCAGAGGGGAUGGAUUUAAGCAGAUGAUAGCUGACUGCAUGAGAGAUGCUGCAGGAGAAGGCUUCAGCUGUGACAGAUGACGCUAUGACCCGGGUCCAGCCAGGCGGGGAGGCCGAGCUCGUUCCAGAUCCAUCACGGCUGGGCCUGUCCACAACUUCCGGCGUUCCUAGCGGCAACGAGCCCGACCAGAACAUUGAGAAUAUUAAAGUUGUUCUGCAUGAGAGGGAGUUAUGGAAGAAGUUCCAUGAGGCCGGCACAGAGAUGAUCAUCACUAAAGCAGGCAGGAGGAUGUUUCCUAGCUACAAGGUCAAAGUGACAGGGAUGAACCCCAAAACCAAGUACAUCCUCCUUACAGACAUUGUCCCAGCUGAUGACCACCGCUACAAGUUCUGUGAUAACAAGUGGAUGGUGGCAGGCAAAGCAGAGCCAGCCAUGCCAGGAAGGCUCUAUGUGCACCCAGAUUCCCCCGCUACAGGAGCUCACUGGAUGAGGCAGCUGGUAUCGUUUCAAAAGCUUAAGCUUACAAACAACCACUUGGACCCUUUUGGGCAUAUUAUCCUUAACUCCAUGCACAAGUACCAGCCCCGGUUACACAUUGUGAAGGCAGAUGAAAACAACGCCUUUGGAUCCAAGAACACCGCCUACUGCACUCACGUCUUUCACGAGACCGCCUUCAUCUCUGUAACAUCUUAUCAGAACCAUAAGAUCACACAGCUGAAGAUAGAAAACAAUCCAUUUGCCAAAGGUUUCCGGGGCAGUGAAGAAGGAGAUCUGCGUGUUUCAAGACUACAGGGGAAAGAAUAUCCUGUGAUUUCAAAGAACAUGGUUCGCCAGAGGCUCAUCUCCUCUCAUGGCCACCUGGCAGGGAAGCUGGGAGCUGGAGUUCUGGCGGGGCAUCCUCAAGUUCUUUCCUCCUAUCAGUACGAGCCGGGGGUUCCUCUGUCCAACUCAGACCCCCAAGAUCCUCUCUCAAACCACUUUCCCCAAAGCAGAGACCCCAGUCUUCUUUACCACUGUUUCAAACACAGAGAUAAUGCCCGACACCUGGAGCUGGGAUGUAAACGGCCAUAUUUGGAGACAUCACCCGCGGUCUCAGAAGAGCAUUACUUCCGCUCACCUCCCUCUUAUGAGUCUCCGCUACUGUCUCAUCCGUAUUGCACCGAGGCGAUAACCUCCAGAGAAGCUUGUAUGUACAGCAGUAUGGAGACAGAGUCUGGAUCUGGGGCAGGGGAUGCAGAAGACCUGAACGCCCCUUCGCUGAAUUGCAACAUGUGGGCGACAGUGCAGCCUUACCCCCGCUACAGCGUGCAGACUGUGGAGGGCGUUCCUUACCAGCCCUUCACUGCUCACUUCACCAACACUGCCACAGUUACCUCUGUGGUGCCGCACCCCUCCUCGUCAAUGACAUCGCGGCCACAGGCUGAGAUAGGGGUCUACAGCUCCUCUACAGUCCAGCGAGGUCUGCCUGUCAUCCCUCCGACCUCCUCUUCGUCUUCCUCUUCACCUGUUCCAGGAUCCAGAGAUAGGUCAACCCACCAACCUCUGUACCACAGGAAGCCAGGAUCGCCACUCCGGCCUCACAGAGAUCUCUCAGCCUAUCCUGCACAGAGCGCUAUGUCCAUCCGGGACCCCUCUUAUCAGUACCAGAUGGGCUUGAGCAGCGCAGGGACCCACUGGACUGACAGUUAAUGGGGAAGACUGUUGAUGCAGAAAGCGCUUUUGUUCAGUCUACAAGUCUGAAAUGAAUCAAGGUCCCACUACGCCCCUUUUGAGUUACCUAUGCUAAGCAGUGGUAAUGAGAUUACUUUGAACAACAGCCAUGAUGAUUUACCAAGUUGCAGUCAAAAGCCAUAUUAGAUUAGAAUGAGAUGGCACAGAGCAGUUAGUAUGAGUGCUCUGCAGCUUCCAAAUACAUGAAAUUCCCACUUAAGCACAGUUACAUACAGCGCUGUAUGUGGUGUUGGGUGCAGAUUCAGAGGCUGACCUCCUCUUUUGUUAUGCAGAUGCGUGUUGUAAGGCUGCGAUGAGGAAGGAUGCUUUUGUCAUUCUCAAAUAGAGAGUGUGGCUGCGAGCGACGCCGUUUACAGAGAGAGCACCAGCUCAAAGGCACAAGCAGCAUUAUAUCAGUCUACUGCGAUACAACACAAACUCUGACAUCAACUUGCAAGCAAACCAAUUUCCAUGCACAUGCUAACCUGAAGAAACAAAGAGGAUGACAUUGUUGAAAAUGUAAAUCGGCGAGUUAGUGAUUUUUUUCUUUGAUACUUUACACAGUGUGGUUAAAGCUGAGAUGUGUUUAAUAUGGAGUUCCCAGGUCAGCACCUAAAAUGUCCUGUAUAGAUGGUACAGUUUGGAGGAGACCUGCCUUGACAAAUGAAAAUAAAUGUGCAGGUAUAAAAAAAAAAAAAAAAAAAAAAAAA